AUGUCUCAUUUACUACAAGGCAUUGGGAAAGGCAAAAGCCGCGAUUCUCAAUCAAAUACAUUCCUUCAGCCAUCAUCAUCUGCAGCACAAAAUGCCUCGCCGUCAAUAUCUGGAGGCAACGGUCCGCUGGGAUCUUCGGUCGGAAUGAACCCUCCCACCGGCCGCAACAAUACUCACCGCGUGCCGGAGCCGGCUUCGCCAGGCUUCGACGACAACCGUCGCGGCCAAUUCGGUGGCUUGGGCAACAUACCACUACCCCUCAAGAUGAGGCAGGAGUCGACUCGCGCGACCGAUAGGACGGACGCGCUGUGGGCCGAGAUGCAGGCUACGCUCGAGGAGGUCGAGCUGUCGGCCAGCGGAGGCACUCGCGUCUUCGGCCCGGACCACGACCGCAAGCUGGCUGAGCUUCGAGCCGCGCAGAUUGCAUUGGCUCAGGCGUGGGCACGGUCAGAGGCAGAUGAGGCAAUCGAGGACAAUGUGCACCAGCAACAACAUCGUGUCGGGGGGCCUUCAAAGCAUGGUGGUGAUGGCAGUGCUGCUACGGCUGCGGAGACUGAACGGCUUGGGGCCAAGAUGGAAGAGGAAACCGAGCUCGACAUCUUACUGGCACGACAGCGGCGAGAGGCUAACGAUCGGUACUUUUCGAGAGUCAACCAGGGCGUUCUGGAUGUCGUGGCAAAGCUAGACGAGGUCGCUCGCGCUAUGAGAGAGGUUGAGCAGGAGAGUAAGGACAUUUGGGAUGGCGGUGAAGGUGAUCACGAUCACGACCACGACCAGACAAGCGUGGCGAGUCAGAGGACCUGA